UCAAUGCGCACACAAAAAUCAUUAGCCCCUCUCUUCUUCAGCGCUGCUCGAUUCCACACCCACACACUUUCGACUGUUACUCUGAAUCACAAGAUCAACAAUUGCGUGCGCAGCGGAAAUGUCAGCGACGCACGCAAACUGUUCGACGAUUAUCCCCACUCGAGAAACACCGUCUCCUGGAACUCCUUGAUCAAUGGCUACAUCAAAUCCCGCCAUUUCCAAGAAGCCCAGAAGCUGUUCGACGAAAUGCCUCACAGAGACGUCGUUUCUUGGAACACCCUGCUUUCCGGCUUCCGCGACGCCCAGAGCCCAGACAAGGCUCUCCGCCACUUUCUACGAAUGAUGGCGAGCGAUCGGAGGCCGGUUGAGCUCACGUUUGCAGUGCUCAUGAGCGCGUUUUUGAAUUCGGAGUUCGAUGUCAUGGUUCCGCAGCUGCACGGGCUCGUGACCCGUCUAGGGCUUGAUCUGAAUAUCUAUCUGGGAUCUGCUUUAAUGAGGGGAUAUGUUGGCUUGGCUGAUCGCGAUGGUUUUCGCAGGGUGUUCGAUGAGAUCGAAGUGGUAGAUGUGGUGCCCUGCAAUGUGUUGAUCUUAGGUUAUAUUGAAUUUGGGAUGAUGAGUGAAGCAAAGACGGCGUUUGAUUUAAUGCCUAAGAGAAAUGCUUUUUCUUGGAGCAUCAUCAUUAAUGGAUUGAUGAAGAACAAGAUGGUUGAUGAAGCAAAGGAAGUUUUUGACAGUCUACUUGAAAAAGAUGUAGUUUCUUGGACUGCAAUGAUAAGGGGGUGUGCUCAGGGUGAGAAGUUUACGGAGGCUCUAGACAUGUUUCCUGCAAUGAUGAGCUCAGGAGUUCGCCCGAAUCAUUAUACCUUUUCGAGUGUCUUUGAUGCCUGUGCGGGCUGCUCGUCUCUUGUGAUGGGCAGCCAGGCUCACGCGUGUCUAUUGAAGCUCGGUAUCCCUGUUGAUGUGGUGUUGGGAUCAUCCCUUCUCAACAUGUAUGCGAAAUGUGGCGACAUAGUCGCUGCAUUCUCUGUGUUCGAGUCCAUGCCAGUGAAGAAUCUAGUGUCAUGGAACUCGAUUAUUGGAGGCUGUGGAAGGCACGGACUUGCAGAUAGGGCGUUGGAGGAGUUUGAGAGGAUGACCUUGAGUGGCGUGCUCCCUGAUCAGAUCUCGUUUAUCAAUGUUCUGUCGGCAUGUGUGCACGGGGGGAAGGUGAGAGAAGCUGAAGAGAUUUUCUACUCAAUACAGGCGAAGUAUGGGUUGGAGGCAGAGAUGGAGCAUUAUUCGUGUAUGGUGGACUUGUAUGGUAGGGCGGGUGAGCUAGAGAAGGCUGAAGAGUUGGUUAAGAGGAUGCCGUUUGAGCCGGAUGUGGUUGUGUGGGGCGCACUGCUCGGGGCUUGUGGGCUGCAUUCUUGUUUGGAAGUUGGUGAGUUUGCAGCAAUGGGAAUAUCUAAAGUGGAAAAAGAUCAUCCGGCAGUUUACUCGAUCCUGUCGAAGAUAUAUGGUGCGAAUGGCACUCGAAGCGGUGUGUUUCAGCUGAAGAAGAUGAUCAGAAAAUGGCAAGAAAAGAAACAGAAGGCUGGUAGUUGGAUACAAUCCAAUCCUGGACUAGUUACAUGAAUUGAUAGAAUGAUUUAACUCACUUCGUUCCAAGAUAGUUGUAACAUUUUUUUUUGGCAUAAAUUGAUGUUUAAAAGUUAAAAU